CUAUUUUUUUCUUCUCUUUUUUUCCCAAUUGUUUUGGUCUCUCUCUCUCUCCCCUAUUUUUCUCUGUCUGAACUUUAAUCUCUUUGUCCUUCGUCAACAGCUCAGCCUUAUCAAUCUCUGCUUCAAGUAUACCAAUUUCAAGCUCAUUCCAUCUCUGUUUCGGUCUAUACACCGCCAUGGAAGAGCUCAAUCGAGCUUGGCCACGUCAAAAACGAAUGCUUUCAGUGUCACCGUGAUCCAAAAGAUUUUGCUCGAAAAUCAAGAUUUUAAAGCUCCAACCUGUGGUCUGUGCUCUGUUUUACAGAGUUCGCAGAGGGGUCGCCAUUAGAGGUAGUUUCAUUUUUGCACUAUUUUCUUGAGAUUCACGCCAUGAUGACCAAAAGCUGAGUUGCAAUUUCGCGGGGUAUUUUCGAGAUGGAUUCGGUUGACCGCAAGUCCGUGACUCCGAGUAAGAGCAGAUUGGCACGCACGUUUGCUAAGGUUUUGCACGUACGAGCUGUGACUGGUGUUGCCUCUGUUGAUGGGAUCCAGAAGACUAAGUCUCAUGAAAAGGUCAAGCAUGAUCAUCGCUCUGAAAAGGUCAAGCAUGAUCGUCACAUGAGCGAUUGGUCCGAGUCCUUUGAUUGCGAUGAUGAAAAGCUCCGGCACAGAGCGGCCGUCGAAGCUUUUCUGGCCAAAUUGUUUGCCAGCAUUUCAACUGUUAAAGCAGCGUAUGCCCAGUUGCAGUUUGCUCAGUCUCCUUAUGAUGCUGGUGGGAUUCAAGCUGCUGAUCAGGUGGUGGUCUCGGAAUUGAAGAAUUUAUCUGAAUUGAAGCAGUGCUAUCUGAAGAAACAGCUUGAUGAGUCUUCUCCUGAAAAAACCCAUCUGUUGGCUGAUCUCCAGGAGCAGAAGAGUCUUCUGAAGACCUAUGAAAUUAUGGGCAAGAAGCUGGACUCUCAGCUUAAGCUCAAGAACUCUGAAAUCACUUUUCUUCAGGAGAAGUUGGAGGAAGCCAACAGAGAGAAUAAGUUGCUUGAAAAGAGAUUGAACUCAAGUGGGUUGAUACCCGUUCCCGACAAUCUUCACCUAUCAGGCUUGAGCCCCAACCAUUUCAUUGUCGUUCUUCAGCAGACAACCAAAUCUAUUCGGAAUUUUGUCAGGUUGAUGAUCAAUGAGAUGGAACUGGCCGGGUGGGAUUUAGAUGCAGCAGCCAACACAAUUGAACCAGGUGUUCGUUACUGCAACGCAAACCACAAAUGUUAUGCAUUCGAGUCCUUUGUUUGCCGUGAAAUGUUUGAUGGUUUCAAUUACCCCUACUUCUCUCUCCUGAACGAGUCUUUGUCUGAGCAGCAGAAGUGGCAACGCCUCUUCUUCGACAGAUUCACAAAACUGAAAUCCAUGAAAACAAGGGAGUACCUUGUCCGAAAGCCCAAAUCAACAUUUGCAAAAUUUUGCUCCGGCAAGUACCUCCGACUUGUGCAUCCCAAGAUGGAAUCAUCUCUCUUUGGCAACUUAAAUCAGAGAAAUCUAGUGAAAUCCGGUGAACACCCGGAGACUACUUUCUUUGCCAUAUUCACUGAAAUGGCAAAGCGGGUUUGGCUCUUGCACUGUUUGGCCUUUUCAUUUGAGCCUGAAGCAUCGGUCUUUCAAGUGGGCAAGAAGUGUCGAUUUUCAGAAGUGUACAUGGAAAGUGUGAGCGAAGAAUCGUUCUUGUCAACUGGUGGCACAAUGGAAACUGACCCACUAGUGGCGUUCACGGUGGUUCCGGGAUUCAAGAUCGGUAAAACUGUAAUACAGUGUCAGGUAUACCUCUCUUGAUCUCAGACUUCGGUAAACCAAUGAUAGACAGGGUGGAAUCGUUGUCGAUGUGGGCCCAAAACAUCAUGAAUUGAACUGGAAGCCACUCUUGGUAUUAUUUUAGCUAAUCAUAGAAAAAUGGGAUACAUGGGUUGCCUACUUUCUGUGUCCCUAGUUGUUGAGGUUUGAACAUCGUCACCUGGGCUUUGUCUCUCUUGUUUUGUGUCCAUUUUUAAAAAAAGCAAAGCGCGUCGACCGUUGUUUGGGAACAAUCUCUAAAACUUUAAAUUUAAAUUUCUUGAAGAAUCCCCAAAAUUUUGUUAAUAUCAGGGCAAGUGAUAGAGGGUCUGAUUAGCUGUAUUAUAUAUGAUUCCUCUAUAUAAAAAUAGAAAAUAGUGUUUUAAAUAUUAUUUCGAAUCUUGUAUUAUGCACUUUUUGUACCAUGGGAUUUUCUAUGCCUUUCUCUGGUGUUUUCUUGCUUGGUAUUUUCCAGGAAAAUCACAUAUUCCUCUGGCUCAGGUGAGAUUAAAUUGUGGGUCUUACUGUUAGGGCUUUUUGGUGGUUGAAUAGGACAGUGAGUGUUGGUGAUGAAGAACGUGGUCUGCUACCUUACUGUCAAUACAAAAUGUUUGGUUCUUACUCAGUGCA